AUGACUACUACAACCCAUCCCGAAUUCAACGAUCAUACAGAGGCGUUGGAUGUUGCGAAGGCCUUUGCUGGGGAGAUUCGUGGUAAAACAGUACUCGUGACGGGUGUAAAUGCUGCUGGUAUUGGAUUUACAACCGUACAAGCUUUUGCCUCUCAAUCUCCUGCUCACAUAAUCCUCGCCAGCCGUACUCCAUCCAAGAUUCAAGAGUGCAUCGACAAGCUCAAGGCUGAAUUCCCUAAUGUAGACUACCGCUCUCUUAUUCUCGACCUUUCCACACAGAGAACUGUUAGGGCCGCUGCCGGCGAACUUCUAUCAUGGUCUGAUAUACCUACUAUUGAUAUCAUCGUCAAUAGUGCCGCCAUCUCCAAUAUCCCCGAACGCACGAUCAACGAGGAUGGAAUUGAGAUACAAUUUGCCACUAAUCACGUCGGACAUUUUCUGUUCACUUGCUUGACCAUGCCGAAACUUCUUAAGGCGGCAGAGCGCAACCCGAAAGGGGCAACUCGGAUUAUCAACGUUUCUUCGCUUUCUCCAGUAUCGGCUCGUAUGCGAUGGAGUGAUAUGAAUUUCGAAAAGAAGAGUGAAGAGCUCCCCGAAGACGAACAGCCCCCUUACGAGAUGCAUAGGCGGUGGGGAGGGGUGGAUGCCGAAAACAAAUCGUACCUACCACUUGAAGGUUACAAUCAGAGCAAGGUUGCGAAUGUACUGUUCAGUAUAGCAUUAAACAAGAGGCUUUAUGAGAAGUACGGGAUCUUGAGCAUAUCCCUGCAUCCCGGAGUAAUCAGCACAGAGCUAUCCAGAGAUGCCACACAAAGCACGAAAGAUCUAAUCGACAGUUGGGAGAAGUCGGGGAAUCUUUACUUCAAAACACUAGGAGCAGGAUCAGCAACAAGCCUUGUUGCUGCACUGGAUCCGAAGCUGGGCCUUCCUGAGACCAAGGGUGAUAAGGAGAACCACGGGGUUUACCUUAUAGAUUGCCAGAUUUCUGACAAAGCGAACUCCUACUCGACCUCAAGCGAGGGGGCUGAAAGGCUAUGGAAGCGAUCCGAAGACUUGGUCAAAGAAAAGUUCGCUUGGUGA